ACUGCAGAGGACUCCACUCCACUCGUUGUCCAGCGUCCUCCUCCCGCUCGCUCCGCGCGCGCGCCCGGGAUCCAUCCAUGGCCGCCGCGCUACGGCUCCCUCCGCUCCUCUCCUCCCGCGCCGCCCCUACCGCCGCCACCCGGAGGAGCCGGGCGGCGUCGUCCACUCUCAGGGUCGCCGCGCAGCUCGACGACACCGCCGCCACCACCUCCACCUCCACCUCCAGCACGCCGGCGCCGCCCGCCGGGUUCACGCCUCCCGUGCCCAAGCGGUUCGAGGUCAAGCCCGGACAGUCGAGCAACAUCGCCGGCGCCGCCCUCGCCUUGCCCUUCCGCCUCGGCACCGGUGUCUUCGUCCUAGGGUAUGGAGUGUCGCUUGUUGAUGCUGACCAGAUACCACCAGAUCAGUAUGCUUUGGAGUUCCAAGGUCGAAAGGUGAAAGAGACAUCAAAGGUGGGGCAGUGUCCUCGACCAACAAAGCCUAUUGAAAUAUACGAGUUUGAAGGCUGCCCAUUUUGUCGAAAGGUGAGAGAGAUGGUAUCCGUCCUGGACCUUGAUGUUUUAUAUUACCCGUGUCCUAAAGGCGGCCCAACCUUCCGUCCAAAGGUUAAAGAGAUGGGUGGAAAGCAACAGUUUCCUUACAUGGUGGAUCCAAACACAGGGGUUGCCAUGUAUGAAUCAGAUGCCAUCAUAACUUACCUGGCAAAAACCUAUGGUGAUGGAAGUGUUCCGAUUAUGCUAAAGCUUGGUCUAUUGACAACAAUAACGGCAGGUCUGGCUAUGAGUGGGCGUAGCGGGAGGGGAUCUUCCUACUCUCCUGCAAAGCUUCCAGCUCAGCCAAUUGAAAUAUGGGCAUAUGAGGGAUCUCCUUUCUGUAAAAUAGCACGUGAGACCCUUGUCGAAUUGGAGCUACCACACUUGCUACACAGCAUUGCACGUGGCAGCCCCAAGCGACAGGACUUUUUCAAGAAAUACGGUCUUUUCCAGGCGCCUUAUAUCGAGGAUCCUAACACUGGAGUGAAGAUGUUCGAAAGCGCCAGCAUUGUACAGUACCUGAGAGCAACAUAUGCCGCUUGAGAACCGCUGUUGCUUUCUUUGCCAUUCCUCUGUAAACAUGUUGAGUGUUCAUAUGUAUUCUGAGGGUUGUAGAUCACAUAUUCUGUACUAGAAGAAAAAUAAAUCCUACAUGCGGUGAGGUGUAAUUUCUGUUCACUGCAGCUGAGACAGUACCACUCUUGUUGAGACCGUAGAAGACAGAAGUAAAAUUCAGAAAUGUAUGUCUCCUUGUUUCUGUCUAUUAGUAAUUUGAUCAAGUAUCGCAGCAA